UUUUCAACCGUUGUUCGCCUCGUGAGAUAACGUGGUUUGAUCCAAACCCAAUGAGGAAAAUGGGCGCCAUAUAUCCGCAAGUCGACUCGCAGCUAGGUCAUGAGUUGGAGGUCACACGACAUCGUUUUUUCCUUUGGUUUGCAAAAUACGUCGCUUUUCCGGUUUUCCUCUUUGCCUAACCCAAAAUUUGGAAUUCUAAGUUGAACUUUUAAAUACUGAUGUCAUAUGAAAGUAUUCGAAUUUUCGUUAUAUGUUGGAUCCUAAUACGAAUUAUUAUUUUGGUGUAUUUGUAUUUUAUUACUCAUAUAUUAGAUGAAUUUGAUAUAAUUUAUAAAUGUAUAUAAAAUAUAAAGGUUAAUUGCAUGGUUGGUCACUGAGAUUAUAAAAAACUUUCAAGUUUGGUCACUCGAAAUAUUUAAAUCCAUUGGUGAUAUUUCACUUUACGAAAACCGUUCACGUUUGGUCACUCUCCGUUAGCUGAAGCCUAAUCAACACUAUUUAACCCGAAAAUAGUCUCACCCGACCCGCCACGUCAUUGAGACUCGCCAUGUCAUCUAAACUUACCCAACCCUCUAACCAAAUCAGGCCCAACCCGACCCACCAACUAAACUACCCACUAAAGAUUAAAUCCCUAUUUCUAAAACACAUCAACACCCUCCCAUCUCCAUCCCGACGCCUUUCUUCCUCCCGAUUUUCUUCAUCUCUAGCUCUGUUCACGAAUUCACCGACGACGAAGGAGGGAUGGAGCCGGGACGAAGGUCAUGCUCUUUCUUCCGCCGCACCCAAACAUCCUCCAGAUCCACGAAGCCUUCGACUUUGAAGACUCCCUCACCCUCAUCCUCGACCUCUGCGAGCCCUACACCCUGUACGACAAGGUGAUCAAGAGUAAUGGCGGCCUCCCGGAGCCUAAAUUCGCAGGGAUCAUGCCCCAGCUGCUCAAGGUCGUCGCCCACUGCCACCGAUUCGGUGUCGUCCACCGCGACAUCAAGCCGGACAAUGUGCUCUUCGAUCGAAUGGGUCUUGACAGCGAGUCCGGGUCGCUGCUGAGCGGGGUUUACGGGACGCCAUACUACGUGGCGCCCGAGGUCCUGAUGGGGAGGGAUUACGGCGAGAAGGUCGAUGUGUGGAGUGCCAAUGUCGUUUUGUAUGCGAUGCUCUCCGGGAUCCCACCGUCUUACAGCAUUCCGAGGCUGGGUUUUGGCUGGCAGUUCAUUAUGUUGGCUGGGUUCCACGCGGAUGCGCUGGUGGUGGACACUUUUGCGCAGGAUUUCACACGCAAAGGGAUGCUGGCUUAUGUUGAGAGGAUACAGAGGGAAGAGGGGAGAAAUGGGGUUGAUACUCUGGCGCAUCAAAAGUGGUCUGUUGCUAAUUUCUAAGACAGGUACCUCAAGACUGUUCAAGGAGGGAUUUCUUCCACUGUCGCCCUGGGCAAAGGUUAGUGCAAUAGUUUCCUUUGGAAAAUUUGAAAUUAGUGUCAUUCCUUCUUCCAUUGGAGAUUUUGGUCCAUUCUUAUGGGUUUCUUUUUGGGUUUGGUGUGGUAAUUUUGCAGGGGUGACUGAGGAGCAGUUCAAGGAGACAUGGACAAGGCCAGGAGCCAUGGAAAUGGGUGGAGCUGGAACUGAAGUGGUGGCCAAGUCGAGGAUGUAAGAACCGAGAGAAUCAUGGUGCUAUGGAAGAAGGGUUUGCUUAUGAAGAGGGCUGGGAAUGCAACCAGGAUCCUGACGUUACGAAACUGAGAUGAAGGACUUCCUCCGUGUUUAUAAACAUCUCUCCUUGAACUCGUGAACAGAGGUGGAGAGGAAGAAAAUCGUGAGGAAGGGAGGAAGGAAGGCGUCGCGAGAAGGGGAGAGUGUCGAUGUGUUUUAGAAAUUAGAGAUUUAAUCUUAGUGGAUAGUUUAGUUGGUGGGUCGGGUUUGGUUUGAUUAGAGGGUUUAGUAGGUUUAGAUGACAUGGCGGGUCUCAAUGACGUGGUGGGUCGGGUGAGACUAUUUUCAGGUUAAAUAGUGCUUAUUAGGCGAUUCCGUCCGCCACGUCAUCACUUAACGGACUUCUUUAACGGAGAUGGACGACAGCUAACGGAGAGUGACCAAACAUGAACGGUUUUCGUAAAGUGAAGUACCACCAAUGGAUUUAAAUAUUUCGAGUGACCAAAUUUGAACGUUUUUGGUAAUCUCAGUGACCAACCAUACAAUUAACCCUAAAAUAUAAUGACGUUUUUAUAGGCUGAACCAGGCUAAAGCGAUUGAGCUAUUAACCUUCAACCCACUUACUCAAUCGUGUCGAUGCUCUAAACCAGAUUGACAACCUUAGUUAAUGAUUUCCCACUUCUCUACAUGUUUUGCUAAACUUAUACAAAUUGGUUGUACCACUUGUUGGAGGCGUAACCGUACAAAACUAAACUGUUUGACAACCUUGAGUAGGGUUGAAAGUUUGGUACAAGUAUUUGAGAUAUACCGAAUACCGCACCGAACUUAUCACUAUUUGGUAUUACCGAAUACCAAUUUAUUUUUUAGGGAUCGGGAUUGUGAUUCAUUUUGGAGUGCUAUUCGGUAUUCGGGAUUGGGAUAAGUAUAUACCAAAAUAAACUGAGAUACCGAGAAAUAAGAAAAACUAAAAAUUAAUGAAAUAUAGCACACAACUUUUGGUCGUUCCCCACCAUGGUUGUCAUGCCGGUGGCAUGCCACCCAGUUCAACCUGGUUCAACCUGUGCCGGUCAUGAAACCAGCAUGACACCACCGGUAUGACCAGUAUGAUCGAAUUACACAUUUUAAGUAAAAUGACAUCAUUUUAAUGAAUUUAAUGAAUAAAA